CUGUUUACUUUGUGGCUUCCUGCCUCUCGCUGAGUUAUAAAGGCGCGUAUCAGUUUAAUUGCACAGCUCCGUGUUCUAGCACCUUGAAACCUGAAAAACAGGCAUAAUAUCGAACAGAGAUGGAUAUUCUCACUGUGCUACCGUCCGACUUCGGAUAUGUCAUAUUUACUUACCUCUACAGUUGGAUUAUGCUGGGUUAUUUAGCAGUCAAGGUUGGGGGCGCCAGGAAGAAGUACGAUGUCAAGUAUCCCACCAUGUACAGUGACAAGGAGCAAGUGUUCAACUGUAUCCAGAGAGCACAUCAGAACACCCUGGAGGUGUACCCUCAGUGGCUUGUUUUCCAGACCAUUGCAGCUCUUGUCUAUCCAUUGUCAGCAUCUGUGCUGGGGGCUAUCUGGGUGACCAGCAGGUUUUCCUAUGCCUGGGGUUAUUACACAGGAGAUCCAGCCAAGAGGAUGAAUGGUGCCUAUGGCUACAUUGGAUACUUUGGAGUCAUCAUUCUGUCCAUAUCUGUGGCCUUGCAGUUGCUUGGUGUCUUCUAAGAUUGUCAUUGUCAUCUUUCUGUUGCCCGUCUGACUGACAAGUUUGCUAAUGGCUUGCAUGACAUUUUUGACUGUAUCAACAAUAAAGUAGCUGUAGAAUUCUUUACAUUACAAUGCUACUCACAUUUUUAUGGACCAUUAACUUUCUAUCUUUUUAUUCCAGCGUUUGUUGUGAAUGUUUACUUCAUGUAAUCACUGACAAUAAAGUAGAUGCUGACAGAU